AUCGCCUCCGGUUUUAAAUUCUGCAAAUAUUCACUACAAGCAGGAUAUUGUUGAUAUUUCAAGUCCCAGCACCCCUUACAAUUCGUCAAAAAGCACUCCUUCAAAACGUAAUCCGAGAAUACCACAAUGGAAACAAGUAACAAGACAGAUUUCUGAAGCUUUAAUACAGCAAUCGCAUAAUAAAGACUCUUCUGAGGCUGGUUUAACCUCCACUCCAAAAACGAAUUAUACCAAACCAUCACAGUCUCUACAAGUGGAACAAGACCAAUCAAACGCCCAUGUCUUACAGGACCAUGAAAAUGAAUCCCUCACUUUGUCAAUGAGCGAACUUUUAUCGGAAGGAGAGUUCAUAGGGAAAGUGUCUAAAAGUCUAGGCGAAAUUACUCCAUUAAGACAAAUUAUACGCCCACUUCUUUAUCAAAAUUCCGCAAAUUCUUCCUCUAUAAAUAAUUCUGUAGGAAGCACGGUCUACUUCGUUUCACAGGAAGAGUCGUCUGCAACUCAAUCUAGUCAGCAAGGUGCAUCAACUGCAUACGAAAUAUCACAGGGGGAGUUUCUUGGAACUUCACCUAUAUAUAUGAAUUACAGUCGAAUGGGCUAUAAGAUUAUAGACGGACAAUGUGAGGAUACAAAUCUGCUUAAAUAUUAAAAUAAAAUUGUUUAAACCGUAAAAACCUUCGUAGUAUUAAAGAAAAUGAAUCAUGCUCAACCUGAAUUUUCAACGCAUGCAGCACAACAAAGCUAAAUAUGUAUAAUGUUAUGCACGUUCGGUUCGGAGCAUGCGGAUGCGAUACUACCCGAAUUUGAGAAUUCUUGCCCCACCGAAUCCGAGAGUGAGAGUAAAUACAACACAUUGGACCUGAGUUUAAAAACACCCAGUUGAUGACUAGCAUACCAUAAGUUGGAAUUUUUUGAAAAAUGAACAAGAUUAUUGGCACUUUGGUACUUGUAAAUGCACUUGGCGUCUGGGGCUCAACUCUUGAAGUCCUUCAACAAAGAGUUGUGGUAAACUCGUCUGAACUGUGCAUCCUUCCAAUUACUGCUGGCCUCUUAAAAUGGGACAGACAGCCAGGAUUCGUCAAUCAAGUGGCUUACAUCCCCAAGCUAGUUAACUCUCCAGAUUUACCAAGCUGGCUUCGGUACACAUAUGAUGGAUAUAAUUCCAUUGGCUACAUUUAUGGAGUUCCUCCAGUCCAUCUUUCCUCGGUCAAUUUGGACAUCAUUGGGUGGAAUCGUGGAGACUUUUACGACGUCCGAAAGUUGAUCAUUUCGCUGGAAAUUGUUCCAAAAGAAUCAAUGAAAUACGUGGCCGAAUUUAAGGUUGACAAUCUUAAUAUCAAAGAUAUGGCCAACCCUCGAAGAAUGGGAGAACUGGUCGAUAUACUCUCGGAUCAACUAUCCUGGGGAAACAAUGGAGCCAAGGUGGUCCCAAUUUUUAUGGCUUCAGCCGUUGCACUUGGAGAAAAUCGUGUCCCAGUGAAACCCAACGAAGCUGAAGGAGUUGUGGUCCAUUUUGCGUCGGAUCUGGAUUUUAGUCCAGAACUAAAAAAGCUGCAAGUUGAAGUUCAAAGUUUAUGGAAACUUCGUCCUUGUCCACGAGAUCUGAAGAGGACAUCGGUAGAGAGAUAUUUUCGAAAACAUAACAUCCUGGUCGAUUGGUGCACAUUUCGACUAACAACUCUGACUGAUUCAUCUGUCGAAGAUGUUGAUGGUCAAGUGAAGAAGGAAGCUGGUGGCACUAGUCAUCUUUAUCGGGCUGCUGAUGAUGAAUCUGUGAAUUUGCCGUCGGAACCAGAGAUUUUUACUUUCCGGUCCGAAAUUCCUAAUCGAACGUAUGGAUUUGAAAUCCUUCUGUCUACCAUCAUUCCAGGUUCGAUCGGAGGACUUGUUGGAUUUCUAUUGAUUGUCCUGUUGCGCACUGAUCGAGAUGAAGAUGCACCAAUAGACCAGGAUGCCUUAUUCUUUGAAGCCGCAUUUCGUACCCUAUUUUCAAUGCUGAGGAUCAAGUACCCUCGAAAUGGUAGUCAGUACAUUUAUCAUCAGACGCCACAGCAGGACGUUGGAGUAGUUGUUAUGACGCGAGACAAUGGGAUUGAUCACUCAUCAGUGGUCAUGGAUGAAGACUUGACACCAAUUCCUCCUCAAUAUACAGAAACUCAUCCAAAUGGAACACCAGCAUUGAUUUAUGCAGUUUGAUCAUUCUGGCUGGAUAACACGAACCAUUACCUCUUGACUCAAGUGUACUGCAUAAGCCGCUACAGGAAUAUGGUAAUAAUAAUUACCAUAAUAAUUAUUAAUGACAUGUUAAUUUACCGUCUUUAUUACUAGUAAUACUUUGUGAAAUUUAAAGUUUUAUAAGGAUUAAUAAUAAAUAAAUAGGAUGCUAC